UUGGAUAGCCUUACCAUUCGACCGGUACUCGCCUUCCACCAAGACCAAGAUCCUCAUCGCUCUUCUAUUUUUCCUUCGGUCGGACCUUCUCUUACCAACAACAACAGCACCAGCAGCACCCCCUCGAUCUCUUUGGUGCAAACUGUCCCCGACAUGCCGGUGGAGGGGUGUGCUGCCAGCACUGGUGGCGGCCACUAUCAACAUGCUCAUCAUACUCACCAUACCAGCACUACCGCCAACCAUCUUCACCCUGGACAUUUGGAUGGGGGCGCUUCUUUAUUCCAUCCUGCCCAUAACGCGUACAGGUCGGGCGCGUGGGACCGACAGGCACAAGCACCAGCACAUUCAUCGUCGCUCCAGCAACCCGUAUCGGUAGCGCAGGCUAUCCCACCAAUAGGUUGCACUUCAUUAGCGUGCAUGUCGGCCACUGCGGCGAAUAGCAAUAGUGCUGUGGCUAACAAUCAUGUUGCUAAUGCUUGCUGGCCGUCCGCCGCGGUGGACGUCUGA